UCUUCCAGACGCAUCCGGAACUUCCCGCUGCACAGCCAGGCCCUGACAGCAGUUCCGCUGGGCUCUGCCCGCCUGAUGGACCAGCUGGAGGACCGAAUCCUCAGCCAUGAGAAGACCACGGCGGCCCUGGUGGAGCACGCCUUCCGCAUCAAGGAGGACAUCGUCUCCACGCUGCACCACAUGCAGCACAAGGGCGGCGGGGACCGGCUGGCCAGGCAGCUGCUGGAGGAGCACAUCCGCAACAUCACCGCCAUUGUCCGGCAGCUGAACCGGGACAUCGAGGCUCUGCAGGAGCAAAUCCGGGUCAGGGACAACCUGAGCUAUGGAACAAACUCCACCUUGAAGAGCCUGGAGAUGCGGCAGCUGUCUGGGCUGGGGGACCUUCGUGGACGGGUUUCCAGGUGCGACGCAGGGCUGGCCAGAGUCUCCGCCGAGCAUAAGGUCACCUACGAGAGGCUCCAGAGCCUCAGCAAAGAGCAGCAAGCGACCAAGUUGGUCCUGGAGUCCAAAAUCAAGGAAACAGAGAUACAGAUUUCGCACCUCCUGAGCAGAAUCGAGCAAUCCGUCAUGCAACAAGACGCGAAGCUCAAACUGGCCUACAAAGAGAGCAGCCAGCAGCUCCAUCUUCUGGAGGCCAAGCUGCAGGACGCCAUCGACCGCCUCACCAGCCAGAUCUCCUCUGCCCGCAGCCAGAUGGAGCAGGAGCAGGAGCUCUUUGAGAAGAAGUUCCUGGACAAGAUGGACCAGCUUUUCCUGGCCCUCAAGGAGAAGAGCGAAACGGACAGCCGGGCCCUGGAGGGGCAGCUGAGCGAGAUCCACGGGAAGCUGCAGAAAAUGGAGGCCGGGCAGAAAUGUGCAGCCCGGGAGCCAGAGGCGAACCAGGCCGAGGACAGGAUGAGUGUCCAGCUCAGCAAGCUCCAGUCUGAUUUCACUGAGGACAUCAAGGAAGUUAAGGCAGAGGUCAGCGCUGGACUCAGCACCAUCUACGAGAGCAUCGGGUCCCUGCAGCAGGUCCUGGAAUCGAAAAUGAAGCUGGACAAGGAGGAGCUGCAGAAGCAGAUUCAGCAGCUGAAGUGA